CUCAUGGCUUUUUAACAUGGGAACUGUUCAUUGUGUCCAACUACCUUAUCACUCAUUCAAAAACUAGAAAGAAUGCUUCUUUUUUUCUUUUUUUUGUAGGUUUUUUUUAGCUGGAAAAAAAAAAGGCAGUAGUGUAAAAAGACAAGCUGGUGAUUAUGUCAUAUAUCUCCAAUAAUUCAAGUCUGAAAGAAUCACAUAUCAUCUGUUGAAUUGAGUCAAGGAUUUCUCGUCUCCAAGGUGAUAGAUUGAUUAGUGUUGUAAACUGAGAUAGUAGUAAAUGAGAUCUUGCGGAAGCAUUGAAACUCCUUACUAGUUUCUUACUUGUAUCCAUUCUGUAUAAUGCAGGUCUGAGAAGUUAGCGAGGCUGAAGCCAUCUCAAACAAACAGAAGUAGUGCUUUCCUGAGUGUCUCCAAAUCAUGUUACCAUCUCUGCGGCCUUACUACGUUCUGCUGGCAUUCAGUUGAAUAUAUUUAUUGAAAAUGGAGAUCAAGGAAUCAGAGAGGGUGGUUAUAGCUAAACCAGUAGCUUCCAGGCCUAGUUACUCAAAUUUUACGUCUUUCUCAGAGUUGCUUGCGGGUGCCAUCAAUACCACACCCUCUAAUGUUUGUUCUGGAACAGCAGUUGCUGCCAUUAGACCAAAAACAGUGAGGUUCAGGCCAGUGGUGAAUCGUGCUCCAGGUGCACUGGUUUCUUCCCAGGCUGAACUCUCUGGAACAGCAGUUAGCAAUUCGUUUAAUAAAGUUUCAGGUACUGAUAGCAAAGCCACUAUCAUAUAUAAACCACAGGCAAAGCUUGUGUCGAAAGCAACUGUUUCUCUACUGGCGAAUAUGGGAAACUUCAAUCCUAAUUCACAACAAAUGUUACAACCAGUUGAGACUCGUCCUCCGCUUUCAAAACAAGAUAAACACAAUUUCUCUUCCCAGCUUACCUCAAAUCUUCAUCAGAAUAUUCCAUCCCAUGCAGAAGCAGACCACGCAACUGAACCCUUAAGGUUAACAUCUCUGAACCAGGAGGAGGAUCCAAAAACUUUAUCUAAUGCAUCUAAUGGGGACCGACCUUCGUAUGAUGGUUAUAAUUGGAGGAAAUACGGACAAAAGCAAGUAAAAGGAAGUGAAUAUCCACGGAGCUACUACAAGUGCACCUAUCCAAACUGUCCAGUGAAAAAGAAGGUCGAAAGAUCAUUUGACGGGCAGAUUGCAGAAAUUGUCUACAAAGGGGAACACAACCAUUCAAAGCCCCAGCCUCCAAAGCGCAACUCAUCAGUAACACAAGGACUAUCUGAUGGCAAUGCUUCAGAUAGGAACAGCACCCCAUUAUGGAGUAAUCAACUCAAUGAAAGAAAUGAAGGCUCUGAAGGUAGAGAAGAAAAUCAGAAUGAAAUUGGAUUACCAGUGCAUUCAAUUUAUCAGGGUAAAGCUCCACCAUCUUAUGAUCCUGCUGGAACCGGCACAAUUAAUGCUGGUACGGGAACUCCUGAUAACUCAGGUGGUGUCAGCGGGGAAUGUGAUGGUGGAAGCAAGGGAUUGGAGGGAGCCACUGAUGAACCUAAAAGUAAAAGAAGGAAAACUGAGAUACAAUCCACUGAAGGUGGCAUGUCAGGGGAGGGAGUACAAGAGCCCCGUGUAGUGGUGCAAAGCUCCACAGAUUCCGAAAUUUUGGGGGAUGGUUUUCGAUGGAGAAAAUAUGGGCAGAAGAUUGUGAAGGGGAAUCCAUAUCCCAGGAGUUACUAUAGAUGUACCAGUAUCAAAUGCAAUGUUCGCAAGCAUGUGGAAAGAGUAUCAGAUGAUCCAAGAGCUUUUAUUACAACAUAUGAAGGAAAACAUAACCAUGAGAUGCCUCUGAAGAUCACAAACCUAGCAGCCUUUGAACCUGAUUCACAGGCACCUACUACCAGGGACAAGCAGUGAUCUCAAGUCUUGACCAUGGAAGGAUCUGAUAUCGAACUUGAUGCUUGCUCUGGCCCAGAUAUCAGAAAGAGUAUGAGGACUCCAGAAAAGCUAAAUAACAUGACAAUCAGAAACAAAAACAAAGCUGUUUCAGUUACGGAGGCUUCUUCAUGAUGUCAGUCUUGUGUUGGUAAUGAGAAUUAUCGAAACAGGCUGUCUCGUUUUCAUUUCAUCUUUUCUGUCUGCUGCCGAUCAUAAGCUUAUGAAUACAUUUCCUCCCUCUUUCAGUUAUUACCUUGGCUAAUCCUUGGUGUACAACUUUCCGGAAAGAAGUUUAUAACAAUUUUCGGGCACAUAAAUAUUUCGAUACUCGAAUAAAUAGUACUUUCU